GCGGUCGCAGACACGCGACACGACUCCGUUAAUUUUAAUAAUUAAUUUUUUUCUACAACUCUAUCUCGUGGUGUCUUUUCGAGCAGACGACGAAAUGGAAGAGGAUCAGCGGAGUUCCGUGGCGGUGAAGAAGUUGAAGGCCCUGCACGACGGCAAGCUGGCGACUGACGUCAUUUUCGUCAUCGGCGCGGAUGAUGAAAUAACCGAGGAGAUUGCGGCCAUCAAGUCUGAUUUGGUGCUCAGCAGUGAGUACUUUGGGCGGCUCUUCAGCAGCACCUGGACGCCGCCAAACGAGACUAAAAUCAGGCUCAGGAACAUCGACGGAUCCACCUUCCUUCUGAUUGUCGAGUUCUGCACGCUGAGUGGACAGCUAGUGUCCGACGUUGGCAGCCUGGAAGAGUGCCUCCGGUUGGCUCGGGCGGCGGACGAAUUUCUCAUUCGCGAUUUGAGCUGUCUCUGCGCCCAAAUGCUCGAGGACAGUUUCCUCAGCGUGGACAACGUGUGGAAAGUGAUGAACAAGCACUACCAGAUCAACGCCAUUACGUCACCCUGCCUGAAGUUUCUCAGUUCCAAGUCGGAGCAGUGUCUGCAGCAUCCGAGCUUCAUGGAUGCUCGGUGCGAGGCGGUGCAGCUCUUCCUCUCCCUGAAAAAGAUGAACAUUUCUUCCGAACUGGAGCUGCUGGACGCUUGUCUUCGCUUCCUCGAACCCCACUCUCUUUACCUAGGGAAAAAUUCCGGAAGUAUUUCCUGCCUGAGCUGCGUCUGCUGA